UAUAUAGCGCCGCCGCCGCCGGCACUCGCACGCAGUCACGAACCCGCGAUCUUCCGUGCACUCGCGAGACACGCGCUCACCGACCACUACAGAUACUACACUCACAUUUAACAGUGAAAGCGGUUUAUCAGUGACAAUGGAAGACUGGGGAUACACCUGUGAAAACGGUCCAGCGACAUGGAUAGAGAAGUUCCCAGAGGCGCGCGGUGCCCGCCAGAGCCCCGUGGACAUCGUGACGUCACGAUGCAGCAGCAGCGGCUGCGCAGGGCCUCUCUGCUGGCGCUACUCCGUCAACCACACGCGCUCCGUCGUCAACCCCGGCUACUGCUGGCGUGUCGAUGAAAAUGGAUACGAUUCUGAACUGCGCGGAGGUCCCCUGGGUUCGGACGUGUACAAACUGCAGCAGUGGCACUGCCACUGGGGCGCGGUGAACGGCGAGGGCUCCGAGCACACGGUGGACGGACGCUCCUUCUCCGGCGAACUGCAUCUGGUGCACUGGAACACCAGCAAGUACAACAGCUUCGCCGAAGCCGCGGGGCAGACUGACGGCCUGGCUGUAUUGGGAGUUUUGCUGAUGGUUGGCUCAAAACACGAGGAACUAGACAAAGUAGUCCGGCUAUUGCCGUACAUCCAGCACAAGGGCGACAAAGUGACGAUGUCGGAGCCGCUCGACCCGGCCAGGCUGCUGCCCGCGCGCACGGCCUACUGGACCUACCCCGGCUCGCUCACCACGCCGCCCUGCACCGAGUCCGUCACCUGGAUACUCUUCAAGGACCCCGUGCAGGUGUCCGCUGAGCAGUUGGCCCUGAUGCGCAAGCUGCGUUGCGGCGAGGCGUCGUGCGGCGAGGAGGCCAUGGAGCUGCUGCACAACUACCGGCCCACGCUGCCGCUCGGCAACCGCGAGCUGCGCGACUACGGCGGCAACUAACGGCCACCACCAGGCCCUGCGCAUACCAUGCAUAUGCGACCCACGUGUCAACAAGGCCCGCGCCCCUAGGUACAACCAAAUGGUCAGCAACAUUAGUAGCGCUAUACACACUUUACAUUCGUCUGGUUUUGUUGCUGAUUAAAUCUCAGGCUGCAGCCGUUUUAGGUUGUGUGUGUACCUAUUCCAAAAGUUUGAAAAUAAUUAUAGUUCUGCACAGAACGACCAAUGUGCCUGCAUUUUUACUUAUUACGUGAGUGCACAGUUCAAUGGAAUCCUAGGUAUUUUGAUAAGGUAAUUCAAUUGUGCCUCUAAUCAGUACAUACGAUAAAUGUAGAAAAUAUAAAAUAAUGAAUUUUUAAUAAGUAGUUGUAUAGUUUUACUUAUUACCAAAUGUAAGUAAUAUUACUUUUAUGAUAAAACUAAUGUUACAUUGACCUAAUACGUAUGUGAAUAAUAAUGUUAUUUUAUUAAUGAAAUCGAAUAUAAUAUUCAUUUAUCAGUUUUUCAGACCAAAAAUACAUUUAAUUUUAAAUUAAAUUAACCCGUUAUCGUGUCUAUGCGUACCUACUAAUGCUGAUUAUGAUUAUUAACUUACUGUUAUGAUUUUAUUUUACUGUUAAAACGGACAAACUCAUUCAGUACGAGUAUGAUAGUUUCGAGAAUGACGCCAUAAAGGUCCUUCUAAAGUGGCCUAGCUUGAUUUUAUUUAGAUCUCGGUCUAGUAGUUACGUAUUAUCUAUAAUAGGGUGGUUUAUAUUCACAGCCCAUAGUAUUUUAUAAUAAACCUACACAUCUUCCAUUAGUUCAUUUAGUACAUUCAAAGCAUAAUAAUUUAUCUAACCUUCAUACCCUACUAAUAAUGGUCCUAGCUAAAUUUUUCUAAAGAAUCGAUUAAUCAGACUAAGUAAGUGCUAGAAAAAUGGCCACAAUAUUUCGGCAACUAAGUACCUACUUAGGUAGUGACAACGUAAAAGGUUAAUUAAAUUCCUCCUUUCUUACUUUUCUUUCGAAGCUUUCUGAUUUUUCUGUUCUUCAUUCAUAUUUUUGAUCUGUAUUUGGGUAUUUCUCAUCGCCACGGUUCUCAUCGUCACCUUCGUGGCGAAUUUUAUUUCUAACUUAUUUCAACUUUUUGUAAACAAAAAUUGUAGCGCUUGAUGUGAAGAUUGUAUUCUCAGUAAAUCAGUCAAAUAGUGAGUCUCGUUUGGAAGCUUUAACGUUUUGAAUUUUUUGAUGCCACGAAAGUGAUUCUUAUACUUCACAUCAAUAAUUUCUUUAAACUGUACUACUGUAAAUGACUCUUAAGUGUUUAUAAAACAUAUAUUUAUUUGUCUUAUUUUCAUAGAUAAAUAGCAAUAACAUAAUAUAAAUAGGUACCUACUUAAAUACAAGAUAACAUUUUACCGUUUACGUCACCUACUAAGUUACAAGAUUCUACGCAAUUAGUUUUAAGGGUGACACUGGUGGCAUUCUGAAAUGCUAAAGAAGCAAAAAACGGAUUAUCAGUACCUCAAUAAAAAAUAACUCUAACUGAUUAUCAGUCCCUCAACAAAAAUAUAUUUUUUAUUUAGGCCAGAGGGCCUCGUAUUUUUGUUGUACAACUUUUAACUCAAAUUUCAGAUUAAAUUUAUCUUACAAACAGAUACACAGUCACAUACAGACAUACAUACAGUCAUACAGACAGACAACAAAAAUACGAGGCCCUUAUUUAUUUAUUGAUGUACUGAUCUCUACUUACCACGUAUAAUUUAUUAGUUAUUAAAAUAUUGCAAAAACAUAAACACCAGUCACUUAUAUUUUAAAAUAAACCAAAGCAAGAAAUCACUUUCGUGGCCUAAAAUCACCUUCGUGUAUAAAACACCACGAAGGUGAUGCCACGAAGGUGACGAAAAUUUUAGUUUUUUAUGAAUUAUCCUUAAAUUUGAAUUUAACGGUUCAAGUUGAAUACUACACAAAUAAGUCUAACAUGUUAAGUUUUCAAUGGCAAAGUUUCAAUUAAAUUGUUUAAAUUUUAGAGGUAGAAAAUAUUGUUCAAGCAAGCGACGGUAUGUCUAUGGAUAAUCACAAAAAGUUACGUAUUUUUUUCGCGGAGCGACGAUCGACCUAUCUCACCUCCCCAAUCGUCGAAGCGCGACUGACAUUAACCGAAUAGAUUGCUGUGAUUGGUUGCUGGUGUUCAGUUUAACGGCAAUCUUGUAUUAUUACUCAAAAUUUUAGGUACCUAAAAUCGUGUGACCAACGUAUUUCGCUUUCUCAAUUCAAAAUAAUUAUAAGAAGAUAUUUUUUGACUAUUGUGUGGAAAGUAUAUUUAAUUACGAUGAUUUUAGUAUAUGCUACACACAAAUUGAAUGAAAAUUGUGAAUGCAGUAACCAAAUGUUUCAUUGCAACCGAAGGUGUGACACGAUGAGAACGCGAAAAAUGACCCCGUUUUUUAUCGUUUCAUGUGAUUUUUUCGUAUUAUUUUUGCUUCUAUUACGAUAAAAUUUAUUUUGUAUGUAGCUAAAUAGAUAUUUUAUCAUCUGAUUUCAAAGUUAUUGUUCUAACUUAUACCGUUUAUGAACUAUUAUUGUGUGACCAUCAAAUUUGAGUCUAAAUGAGAAGUACCCAUUUACACUUAGAUCUGUGUACGUAUACCUACAUAUUAUAAGCAUUUAAUUUACAAACGCCUAUUGAUAGGUAGCUGUUAAUUUACAAACGCCUAUUGAUAGGUAGCUGUUAUACAGAUGUAUACUAAAAAUAAACCAACAUCGGCUUUCCGUUUCUAAUAGCUAAAAUAUUUAUUAGAAUUUACAUGCAUUAUUAAAUGCAAGUACCUUGUGCCUCGAAUGUAAAUGCCUCAGUUACAUUAACUGUGUCGUUAUAAUAUAUUAUAAGAUAAUAUUUAAUCAUAAAUAUGAUAUUUUUAAUUAAGUAUACCAUUAUCAAUUAUUAUAAUCAUGUACCUACCAUUAAAUAUCAUGAACAAUGUUAUGCUGUAUUACAGUGUUCACUAAUAAAUGUGUAUUUUAAAUACCAAA